AGUAAUGUUCAUUCUAUGAUUUCUAUCAUCCAACUUAAAAUCCUAAAUCAAGUGUACUUCUUCUAAGACAAGUCCCACUUGAUUCUCAGCCUUGUUGAAAUGGAAAUGGAAAUGGAAAUUGUGUGAUGAAGCUCUGAAACACGAUCGUCUAAAAUCACAUUGAAUAUCCUCACACUAUAAAUGGUGUAAACAUAGCAUAAAAGAGUGAGAAGAGGGGGUUUAAGAGGCUACAAACUUGAGCUUCAGAAAAUGGUUGGGAUCUCCACAUUGCUCCGCUACUUUGAAACCGAACUUGAUUAUUCUAUCUCCGUCGCGCGGAUGGCCUAUCUACAACAAGGUCAAAUUGUUGAUAAACAAAUACUCGAUAUCAUAUGGAGAACCUUUUCCUAUGGAAGGUUGACAUUCUUGCAUUGGAAUAAAGGAAAAGAGAUGGAACCCAAUAAUUGGGACUCAUGGUGGAACUCUUCUUGUUCAGAAAAUUCCAGACCAGAUCCUAUGAGCGUGCAUGUUGGAGAUGUGGUAGUAAUGAAGGAUCCCAAAAACUCGGCCAAAUUUCUCAUAAGGAGGUUAGCCGCAAUCGAAGGAGAUGAAAUGGCAUCUAAAGAUGCGGUUGACGAACCUUUUGUCCUUGAAGAAGAUCAAUGUUGGGUAUUAGCUGACAAUGACAAAUUGAAGCCAAAGCAAGCCUAUGAUAGUCGAAUUUUUGGUCCGGUUACCAUGACGAGCAUAGUUGGUCGGGCCAUUUAUUGUGUGAGGAACGAUGUGGAUCAUGGGCCUGUCAAAAAUAGUGAAUAUAGCACGACAAAGGAUUCGCCUGUUCUAGAAUUUGAACUAGAUGUUGAUGAGAUACUUAAGAACCGUAAAGCAUAGAAUCCGCAGAAAAGUUGUGCUAUGCUCUUUCUUCGUUCGAGCUGUUGUACAAUGAACGAGUACGGGGAUGUUGAACGAAAGCAUCUUCAUUCAAGUUGUGAAAGAAACGCUGCUAAUCAAGAUAGAUUGAAGGAAGUUGGUUUGCCAAAUAAUAUUGAGUAUUUGCUGCUUUGAGAUUAUUGUUGAGAUUAUGUAGCAGCUUUCAAUUCUGGGUCCGUUAUUCCCACUGUUAAUCUAUCCAUAAUUUGGAUUGCUUUUUUGUCCA